CACAAAGCGGCGUUGUGCGCUCUGCUGCUCUGGCCCGGCGGCGGGUGGAAACCGGCACCGGAAGCCGGGAGCCUAUGGCCGGGCCGCUGCUCCGGAGCGGGGUGCGCCGGUUCCCCUGGCUCUGCAACGUGCUGCUCUACGGCAGCCUCUUCUCGGCCGGGGACGCGGCUCAGCAGCUGCUGCGGCGGCGCCCGGGGCAGGAGCCCGACUGGGCGCAGACCCGGCACGUGGCGCUGGUGGCCCUCAGCUUCCAUGGCAACUUCAACUACGUGUGGCUGCGGGGGCUGGAGCGGGCGCUGCCCGGCCGCGCGCCUGGCGCGGUGCUGGCCAAGGUGCUGUGCGACCAGCUGGUGGGGGCGCCUGUCGCCAUCCUGGCCUUCUACACGGGCAUGAGUAUACUUCAGGGGAAAGAGAACAUUUUUUCCGACUGUAAAAAGAAAUUCUGGAAUACAUAUAAGACUGGGCUGAUGUACUGGCCUUUUGUGCAGCUUUCAAACUUCGUUCUGGUCCCUGUUUACCUGAGAACAGCUUACACUGGGCUCUGUGGCUUUCUCUGGGCUAUCUUCAUAUGCUUUUCACAACAGAGCGGUGAUGGCACAGCAAAGUCGGCUUUUCUGUGGUUCCGAAGAGAAAAGGUCAAUGCAGAUGGAGAACCAUCAGAGAAAUGAGGAAGUUGUUUAAUGGAGUAUUUAUUUUAAAUGGUUAAAAUGUGCUUAUAAAGGGCAAUGAAUUGCACCGCCAGCUGAUUGCUGUGUUUUAAAAUGAAUCUUCAUCCGAGGGCUCAGUGGUCAUUAUAUACAGUGCAAUCGUUUGGUUUUGCACCUGUUUAUUUUCACAGAAAAGAGACCCAUUGUAUAUUGCUGUUUAAUUAUUUUCAUGCUGGCAGCUAGUUUCCUCUGGGGACUCUAGCCACUUGCUUGUUACAGUGCAGCAAGAGCAUUUGCACAACAUGGUAGCCAGCCGCGUUGGGGAGAAAUAUUAGCUGUAAUUUAAUUUUCAAGCAACUUCUAAUUGCUAGGAAAAGGGGGAUAGAACAUUAAAUCAUCAGUGUUUAUACCUGCCAGUUAUUAUGGGAGCAAGAUUGCUUUUGCAUUCUCUGGAGUUUUCUCUGAAUUGCAACCUAUGGUACUGAAUCUAUAUUUAUUCUGAGAAAAAAAUGUACUCUUUUUUUUAUAGGAACCGAUUAUAACAUUUUAAAAACUCUUGCCUUACCUGCAGUGAGAAUCCGUACAAAGACAAUAACUUAGCCUUGCAAAAUUUACCAGCCUAAGCACAAAAUGUAUUUGCUCACCCUCUACAAUGAUCAAUGACACAGAAAAAUUAACAACAUUUUAUGUACUUGUCUAUUUAGCAUAGUUUCCCAACUGGAGUAAGUGAAUGGAAUUUUGCAAGACUGAUGUAGCUGUUGAAUUGUUAUUGCUGUGUGUGUAUUUAAUAUCCUCAAGAUAAUGAGGCAAUUAAAAGAUGGCUUUAUUUAUUCUGGUUAGAGCUUUUAAAAUCAACAUUAUAUUUGGAUAUUUGUACUCCUUUUCAGUAAUAUUCAUACUGUGUAUGGAGUAUGGAUGAAUGUGUAUGAUAGAGACAAUACGCAACACUCAAAAGCAAAUUAGAAAUAAUGUGCUCAAAUUAAUGCUUUUUGUGAUAAUUCUAUUACAGCUAGUGCUUUUAUUUUUAUUUCUGCAUGUGCCUUAAAUGUAUAGUGAUGAACUGUAUUCAUUUAGAAGAAAGGAACUUGGGAGGAGUGCCACUGCAAGGAAAAUAAGGGAAAUUGACAAGGAUUUCAAGAAAGAGUAUACACAAUCUCUAUGUGGUCUGCAGUAAGAUGUGGAAAGCAUUCAAUUGGUGAUCGUUUUUGAACUUUUACCAAUAAAUGUGACAGCUAUCAGGAUUGCAAAUAAUAAGAAAUAACGUUCAGUUUGAUAUCAGAUUACUAAUCCCUCCUACGGAGUUGAAAGACAGUUAUUUUCUGUUCCCUGUUUCUUUACCUUGUCAGCAUGCACAAAAUGAAAAGAAUAUAGUUCUUGGAGAAAAAAUGAUGACUGAGAUUUAGUGUUGCUUUGCUGUGUGCUAUAACAAUAUGCCGAUAUGCCUUGAAGUAGAUGCAGUUCGUUAGUGGAUGAAAUGAUUCAUAUAUACUUAUAAUUGUUAGUAAAAUUUGUAAUGAGAGGAACACCACUCUUAUUUUUAAAGCUUUGGAUGUUUCUACAAGCUGUGCAUUGGUGCUAUAUACUUUUCUGAUACCAGUUAUUCAGGAACUUGGCUUAAAUAGGAUUUUUGUCUGGGUAAGAACUUCAGGAUUUAUCUCCAUGUUUUUUCUGUUUGCAGUAUAUAGAAAGGUAGUUCUUUGUUCCUUUGCUCUUUUGUGUAAUCACACUGGAGCAUGUAGUUCUCAUGUUUCAGUAAGCUUAAGAAUCUAAGUAAUCCUUUUACUCCCUCCAUUUCUCUUGAAAAGUUGCUAAGGGCUACAUAAGUAAACUAAUCUCUCUUCCUGUUCUAAAACCUCUUUGUAAUCACAAGCUUUGGCAGUUAGUAGGAAUGUUUCAGGGGUGGGAGAUGCAAAAAUGUGGCUAUCUUGGGCCAGAUCCUCAGGUGGUGUAAAUUGGCAUAGCUCCUUUGAAGUUUUUGGAACUCUGUCAGUAUACACCAUCUGAAGAACUGGCUCCUUACUUUUUGGAAAUACUAUAAUUUCUUACCACUUUGUAGAUUAGGAGACUCUAAUAUGACUUUUCCUACAUAUGCGGGGCUAAUGAGUUGGUGAUAUAGUACUUACCAACAAGAACAUCCAAAGUAGCAAACCAUGGACAAGCAGCUGGGCAGGUUUGCCCUCAUGUCUGUUUGGAUGCAUGUUUCAUAGGUGAUCCCAGAGAGUCCACCUAAAGGAGCUGUAAUAGACUUAAUGUCAACUGAACACUGCACAAAAUUCACCAAAAAAGUAUGGCUAGAUAUAAGAAGUCAAGGUGGAACUCAGCUGAUGGCAGAGAGUUCCCUCUGUUUGCUAUCAGGCAUGUAUUCACAUGACACCUCCAUUUCAUGGGGUUGUUUCUAAGAUCAAAUGAGUAGAGAAGGCAAAUUCUGACCAAGUGCGACAGCAACUUGGUUUUAUUCAAUGUAGCGGUGUAGCUUAUACAGGGUCUGAAUUUGGCCAAGUGAGAAUUUGAAAGUCUGUUCCAAUUACACUAAUUUUUAAAAAAAUUACUGCCCUAGAUCAUUUUGAUAUCUGAGUCACAUUCUGCUAGGAGUUCAGGUUAGUAUCUAGAAAAAGCCCAGAAGAAGGUCUGAGUUUUUCCUGCCCUGGAAAGUAGCAGCCACUGACUGACAUUCCCAGAAUCUUAGGUUUCACAAUAUGGUACAUGAGAAGCUACUUGGCUCACUUAUGUGCUAUGCUAAUGAGCACUAUCUAAGUAUGUAUAGCAUAUUAAUAAUAAUAUUGAUGCCACAUUUGCGACCUGGAAAGCCUCUGCCAUCCCAUUUUCUCCUGGUAUAGCCAAUGCUCACUUUAUGGCAAUGGGAAAAGGGGUACAAGGAAUAUACCUAUAUUAGGGUGGGAAACAUCCAUUUUAAUUUUACUUGGAAAAUGGUUGUAUUUUUGCAGAGAAUCAGUAAACAGUAAAAGUCAUUAUUUGGACGUGACUGUCUUUAAUGGUGUGUGUAUAAACCCAUGUUUUUGUGAAAAGUUCCAUGGGAUCAUUGUGGACUAUAAGCGGUGAAGACCUUAGUUUUACGUCACACCCAGAACAUAGCACCUCCUAUUGCAAAGUCCUUAUCACAAGGAGCAGGUUAUGGAAUUACUAGGAUCAGGGUUAUUAACCUCAUUUUACAGGUGAGGAAAUUGAGUCUCAGAGAAGAUUAAUGACUUACUGAGGGUCAUUCAGCAAUUCAAGGGCAGAGCCAAGAACAGAAUCUAGAACUUCUGCCUUCAAAGCGUUAUGCUAUAGCCACUGGACUCUACUCCCUCUCAGAUUAGAGGAAAAUAAAAAUCUGGGAUUAUUAUUAAUUACUUAUUAUCUAAUAAAAUAAUAUAUUUCCAGAAGCAAGCAUGGACAUCUGGGAGGAAAGAAAGGCAUAAAAUCUGUGGCUCCAGGCAUCAGCGCUCCAAGCGCGUGCCUGGAGCAGCAAGCCAUGGGGGGCACCCAGCUGGUCUCUGCAAGGGCAGCAGUCAGGCAGCCAUCAGCAGCUUGCCUGCGGGAGGUCCACCGGUCCCGCUGAUUUGGCAGUAAUUUGGCGGCGGGUGUGCUGAAGCUGUGGAACUGGGGACCUCCUGCAGGCAAGCUGCCGAAGCUGCGGGACCAGGGACCUCUCGCAGGCGCGCCGCCGAAGGCAGCCUGCCUGCCAUGCUUAGGACGGCAAAAAAGCUAGAGCCACCCCUGCAUAAAAUGAUAGCUUCAAUAGAUGUGUAAAAUCAACAUGCAAAGAUUAGUGAUGGUAUGUUAGAGACUGCUAAAUUUAAUCAUUUAUUUCUGAAAUUAUUGAAGAGGAAGCUGUCCAAUGGAUUUGAGGCAGUCUGAAGUAAACAACAUGUAGUGCAAUGGACAACAAUUUAAACUACUUGUGCAAAUGCCUGUGAGUUUAGAAUUGGUUGUAAUCUCUCAGGGGAAAGAUCUAUGGUCAUUGUAAACCACUCAAUUAAGAUGCUUGCUCAAUCCAUACCAAUGAUUAAAAAAGCAAAUGAGAUGAUGGAGUAUAUUAGGACAGGGACAGAAAAAGUGUGAACCCGUUCAAAGUAGUAGAUAUUUUAUAUUAUUUUGAUAUUUAUAAAGGAAUUGUCCUCAGUGGAAACAUUUUCUGCUUCUCUGAAUGGAAAUGAAUUUUGCAAAUAAAACCAAAUCUGCAAAUUUUUUAACAUGAGGCAGAGCAACUGUCAAAAAAAAGAGGUGCUGGAAUCUUCCUGUAUUGGAGAUGUUUGUUUUGAUGCUUCAUAAUAAUACAUUAACCCUUUUCUCUACUGGUUCUGUAAGUCAUUUGCUGCCCUUUCAUCACUCCAUUGAUGUCAGUGUAGUAUUGAGGGUGCCUGGCAGAUAGAGCAGCAAAUGAAGUGUGUUUCAUUCCCUAGACCUGUAAUACAAUAUGUACAGAUUAGCAUCAGUCAAAAAGUUUGUGUUCGUUUCUAAGAUAUACGUGCACAGUUCAUAAAGUAGGUGAGUGCUACUUGUGUUAAAAUGUAUGUGGAAUUCAAGCAGGAAAAGAGAAUGCAGUGAAAUAGCAUGGGAUGCUUGGCAUUUUAUUAAACUGUUUAUCCAUCCUUCUUCUCAUGCAAAUUGCAUUUCUUUCUUGAAAUGUACAUGAUAGGGCUGCUUUUGAAGAAAACAAAAAGGCUAGAUUAUUAUUAUUUAGAGGUACACAUUAUACAUGUGGAAUACAUUGGUCUGUUCCACUUGCUUUUCACACCAGGAAGAAAGGCAGCUUACUCAGCUAGCUGGGGAUUCCCCCAUUGCAGGUGUAUCUCCAAGUGGCACAGAGCUAUGGUCCUGAGGCUUUUCUAAUCUACACUGCAGGCUGAACCCAGCUGGCCCCAGGAUUAGAGAAGAAGAAAGAUAGUUUAAAGUCAUCUUUGCUCAUUCGCUCCUCAGCUGCACAGUGCGGGUUAUGGCCCUGUAAAUUUAGUUGCUUAUUUUAUUUUAUUACAGAUUAACAAUUGAUACUGUAAAUUAUUUUUGUAUACAAGCAUUACAGAGAUGUAUCAGAUGACCAUGAUAAUGGAAUACAGUCACGGCUGGCGCUACCAUUUAGGCAGCCUAGGCAAUCGCCUAGGGCGCUAGGAUUAUUCGGGUGGCGGCAUUUUGCCGGGGGGAAGAAGGGGCAGCAGGCGGUUCCGGUUGACCUGCCGCAGGCAUGCCUGUGGAGGGUCCACUAGUCCGCGGCUCCGGUGGAGCUGCCGCAGUCAUGCCUGCGGAUGGUCGGCUGCUCGCGCGGCUCCAGUGGACUGCCCGCAGGCAUGCCUGCGGCAGCUCCACUGGAGCCACGGACCAACGGACCCUCCGCAGGAACGACUGCGGCAGCUCCACCGUAGCCGCGAGAUCAGCGCGGGGGGCAGCGAAAUGGCUGUGCGCCUAGGGUGCGAAAAAUCCUAGCACCGGUCCUGAAUACAGUAGAGGUAAAUCUGUGUACGUUACAGGUUAAAACAGAAGAGGAAACUCUUUGGGACUUUAGAGGUCUUUUUAGGGUGAAGAGAAAGUGGUGCAAUCAGACUUAGGGAACUCCCUGCUGGAAAUAUAUGAAUUGAUGGAUUAGCAGCAGCUCUGGCAAAAAUUCUUUCAGACUUUUCAGAGAUUCAGCAAUUCCAAGGCCAGAAGGGGCCACUGUGAGCAUUUAGUCUGCCUUCCUGUAUAACAUAGCCAUAGAAUUUCACCAAAAUAAUUCCUAGAGUAGUGUUUCUCAACCUGUGGUCUGCAGACCAUGUCUAAGGGCUCAGCAAAAGACUAAGACUGAAAACUGACUAAACAAAAUUCAAUUAUAUAUACAGACAAUAGAUUUCCAAAACGUCUGCACCUCCAUUCAAAAAUUUCUAGAGGUCUGCAAAUGAAAAAAGUUUGAGAACCACUUCUAGAGCAUAUCUUUUAGAAAAACAUUCAAUCUUGAUAUAAAAAUUGCCUGUGAUGGAGAAUCCACCACAACCCUUAGUAAAUUGUUCCAAUGGUUAAUUACCCUCAGUGUUAAAAAUGUAUAACUUAUUUGACUUAUGGUGAGAAAGAUCAAGAGUCUCAAAUGAAGACAAAAACCAAGAGAGAAAACUCAUUGCAUUUCUCCAUGCUGAAAAUGGGUCAAUAAUGUACAGGAGACCAGUAUGAGGAGGCUGUAUCAAAUACAGUGGAGUCUUUUUUUAGUGAACUCACAUAAAGUGAAAACACCUUUCUAGGGAAGCAGAAUGGAAGAUCAAAAUGGCCUCCCAUUGUAAUGUGCAGAUUCCAGUUCUGGUUCUAGUGAACCUCUACUCAGAAUGAAGUUGGUUCACUGAGAAAUAGUUUCAAUAUAAGAGGGCCCCACUGUAGUGAGUGUUUGUAAAAUGAAGUGAUUACAGUGAAAUAUCAGUAUCUAAGGAAAAAGCCAGAUUUACCUACAGUAUAAUAUGUGGAAAUAUCAUGAAGCUAAAAUGACAAAUGUGAGAACUGGAACAGUGUUAGCAACAUAAUGACAUUGGAACUUCCAUAUAAUAAUUAUUUGCAUUAAUUUCUAUAGUAUUUUUCAUCUGAGCUGCUCAAAGCCUUUUACAAAUGUUCCGGGGGGGAAAUCCUCCUCUUAGCACCCACCCAGAGUAACUAGGCUGGGGACUGAUCUUUGUGGGAGCAGAGAGGAGUAAUCCUCUCCCAGAGAACCUGCCCUGAGGUCCACUUCCCAGUCUCAGGAACAGAGUAGUCUCCGCAGCUCUUGCAGCCCACUCUAGAUGUGUGUGGAGGCGGGGGAAGGAUUUGGUCAGUGACCCAACGAUCCUGUACCCAAGAAGCUGAGCACAGAAACACAGCCAGUCUACGUUGAACAGGGCUUUGACACACACAGUUUCCAACCCACAUGAACUUCCAAAACCUGUACACACAGCACAACUGCAGGGUUCAACAGCAUCUGAGACUCUGCUGCCUGUGGAGAGAUGGCAGCUUUUGCUCUGAAUUAGUUAACCUUCCCAAUGCCCUUUUCUGACUAGUUCAUGGCUGGGGAAACUGAGGCACAAAUGAUUUCCCCAUGGUCAUACAGUGAGCAUAUGGUUGAGGACACUCAUUCCCUGACUCCUGUUCCUGAGCUUUUAUCAGAAGACCAGCUUUCCCCCCACUGCACCUGUGUUAGUGAUGCCACAGGCUUUUUAGGUGGAGCUUUCUUCCCCUUACUUUCAUGUUUUCCACUAGUGCAUGGCUUAUGUAACAUCUUCAGUCUUUCUCUCACCCUCGUUGAGUGGCUGAGAUUGAGGAAUCUACUUUUCUGGCAUUCCUCUACUGCUUGUGGUGUUCUCAUCUCACCGUUACUUUAACAGCCCAAUCCUACAGCCAUAGGUCAGGCAAAACUGCUAUAUAAUUCAAUGUGUGUGGUUUGUCUGUAUUAGGAUUGCACACUCAGGCCCUUGAUAUAGUCUUGGUAAUGAUGAGGUUUGAUAUCUCACUCUUUGAAAUAAGCGUCACAUUUAUUUAUCUAAUAAAAUAUGCUCAGCUGCUUCCAUUUCACGCAUCACAUACUUUUAUUUUCACAUCCAAAGCACAAUAAGAUAAUUAGUUGUACCUGAGCUGCCAUAGUAGGCCAGUGACAUUGAUUGAAGUACUUUACGUUAAUUACAUGCUCAAUUGAUAACGGUCACAAUACAUAGUGAUGAGAGACUAGUAGAGUGUAGUAAUUACAUCUGAUGUUAUGUAGAAGUACUUGUACUGUUCCAGUGCAAUAUUUCUCUUGUUCUGUAAGUAGGAUUCUGAAAAUUCAAUGGGACAUAGGCUCCUCAGUCACUUGGAGAUGAAUUUUUAAAUGUAUUUAGGCACUUAAAGAUGCAGAUAGGCACUUAGUGGGAUUUUCAAAAGCUCCUAGCCCCAAUUCCCACUGAGAGCUCAGUCCUGCACAACUCCCAAUGGGAAUUAGGGGUCUCGGUGCUUUGAAAUUCCCAUUAGGUGCCUAUCUGCAUCUGUAGGUGCCUAAAUAAAUACUUUUUAAAAUCUAGCCUUUAAACACUUGUGAAUAUCCUGAGAGACAUGGAGCACCUGCAGCUCCCACUGGCUCAGAGGAGUACAGGGGCUAUUUUGUGUGUCUCUCUUGGUGCAAGGAUCCCAAAUGGAGCAGGUAGGCAGUAGGGUUCUGUGCUGACUCAGAGAAUGGACUGGCUGCAUUUAGUGGAUCAUGUUGCACUGUCCUUGCAGAUGAUGUAGCUUGCAUAGCCCCAUAUUCACUGUUAAGGGAGGGAAUUACAGCUCUUUUAGACAUGUGAGGCUGUACAGUUCCACAUUGUCCACUACUCAGCCCAGUGAAUAAAUGGCACGGUUUGACCCAUCAGACUGAAGCAGGAGAUGGAAGAUUACAGCUGCCAUUUCAAGGUGAAGGAGAGAAGAGAAUGCUAAGUGGAAGGGACAGGCAUACCUAUGGUAUUGCAUAUGUAGAAUCACUCUUAUACUGAAUCGAGUUUUUGUUGUCCUUGUAGUUUUAUUUCUUGUGGACCAGCAACAAAAUAACACAUCUUUCUUCUAUGCUUCUGGGCCUGUGAACGUUUUUGAGCUCUCAUGUAAGAUCAGCCCUUGUGCAGGGAAAAGGGAUGUCCACAUGCAAUUACCUUUAAUUUUUGGACUUUCUAAUGCCAGUGCAGGUUAACUCAGAACCUAAGUGAGAUGGCAAAGUGAUACUAUGUUGGCAUGUUUUUUAUGACUUUUUAUUUUAACAGAUGUAUCUGUGUAUUAAAGUUCAAUACACUAUUGUACACUUCUGUCAGCAUGCAACCUAUCAUAUCCUAGACCCUGUAUCUGUGUGUAAUUCAGGAAUCUGUUUUUCU